AUGGAUGAAAUUGGAAUAAUCCCAUUUCACCAAUAUUCAGAAAUUGAUAAUUUUGGAUUGAUAGAUUUCAUGGAAGAGUCGAAUUUCGAUCAUUUUAUUGACCUAGUUCGCGGGGAGAACGAAAUUAUGAAUCAUGAUAAUUUCAGCUUCAGUUCUCAAGACUACAAUCAUGAUCAAUUCGAUCAGCCCAGCAUUGGCGGUGGCGGUGGCGGUGGCGGUGGUGGUGGUGGUGGUGGUGUCGUCUGUAAUAUCAACGAUCUUUUUCCGGCUGCUCCGCCAGUAGAGUACUUGUUCGAUUUCCAACAUGGUGGUGGUGGUAAUAGUAGUAGUUAUCAUGAUUUUGGUUUACAGAAUGCCGCAUGCCGCCAAAAGCAGGCGGCGGAUCACGACCAAGGGCAAAUAAGGGAAGAGGAGGAGGAGGAGGAGGACGAAUCCUCAGCCAAUGCGGCCGCCACAACCACCACCACCACGACAAGUACUACACCGACGAAGAAGAAUGGCGGUGGUAAGGCCGAUCGAUCGAGAACCUUGGUUUCAGAGCAGACGAGAAGAUGCAGAAUGAAGGAUACAUUAUAUACAUUGCGCUCCUUAGUUCCGAAUAUCACCAAGAUGGAUAAAGCAUCGAUAGUUGGGGACGCAAUUUCGUACGUGCAAAACUUGCAAAUGCAGGCGAAGAAGCUCCAAUCCGAGAUUUUCGGUCUCGAGUCAUCGUUGAAAGGAAGAUUGGACAAGCAUCAUCGAGAAGUUGCUCCUAAUAACAUGAACAAAGUUACUACAAGUUUCUAUCCUAUAAUAACCAAGAAGAUUUUUAAGAUGGAUGUGUAUCAAGUCGAAGAAAGAGGGUUUUACGUGAAAAUAGUGUCGAACAAAGAAAAAGGUGUUGCGGCUUCCAUUUACAAAGCCCUCGAAUCCCUUACGAGCUUCAAUGUUCGGAGCUCGAAUUUGGCUUCGUCCGGUGAAAAUUAUGUGCUCACUUUCACUUUGCAUAUUGCGGAUGGGGAGAUGGAUAUAGACCUGCGAAAUAUGAAGCUGUGGAUUGCAUCUGUUUUUCUUAAUCAAGGAUUUGAGUUUUUUCAGACAUGA